GAAGAAGAUCAACACUGUCACAGUUUCACUCACUAUCUUCAUCAAAGUUCCCGAGAGUGAGUAGUAGCUUCAUUUCAUUGAUUUUGGUUGCAGGAAAAUGGGUUCUGAUAACAACGAUCUAAGCUUCUUGAACGAAAUUGGUUUGGGUUCCUCCAACAUUGGCUGUUACAUCAAUGGAAAAUGGAAGGCCACUGGUUCAUCUGCCACUUCUGUCAACCCUUCCAACAAUCAGACUACUGCUACUGUGACCGAGGCAAGCAUUCAAGAUUAUGAGGAGGGUUUGCAGGCUUGCAGUGAAGCAGCUAAGACAUGGAUGACUGUUCCGGCGCCGAAAAGGGGUGAGAUUGUCAGGCAGAUUGGUGAGGCCUUAAGGGCCAAGUUGGAUCCUCUGGGUAGGCUGGUGUCUCUUGAGAUGGGGAAAAUUCUUCCAGAAGGAUUUGGGGAGGUUCAGGAGUUUAUUGACAUGUGUGAUUAUGCUGUUGGGCUGAGCCGACAAUUGAAUGGAUCGAUUAUACCAUCAGAACGUCCAGAUCACAUGAUGUUUGAGGUAUGGAACCCACUAGGAAUAGUUGGUGUAAUCACUGCUUUCAACUUUCCAUGUGCUGUUCUGGGGUGGAAUGCUUGCAUUGCAUUAGUCUGCGGUAACUGUGUUGUAUGGAAGGGUGCUCCAACAACUCCAUUAAUAACUAUUGCUGUGACAAAGCUAGUAGCUGAAGUUCUUGAGAGGAACAACUUACCAGGUGCGAUAUUUACCUCUUUCUGUGGAGGCGCUGACAUUGGUCAAGCGAUUGCGAAAGACACCCGCAUUCCCCUGGUUUCAUUUACUGGAAGUUCAAAGGUUGGCUUGUCGGUUCAGCAAACUGUUAAUGAAAGAUUUGGCAAAUGCUUGCUUGAGUUAAGUGGUAACAAUGCAAUAAUCGUCAUGGAUGAUGCAGACAUCAAACUGGCUGUACGCUCUAUUUUGUUUGCUGCUGUGGGUACUGCUGGUCAGCGGUGUACUACCUGCCGUAGACUGUUUCUGCAUGAAAGUAUCUACACAAAUGCGCUAAAUCAACUAAGUGAAGCCUACAAACAAGUCAAAAUUGGGAACCCCCUGGAGAAUGGGAUUCUAGUUGGGCCUUUGCAUACGCGCUCUUCAGCUGAAAACUUUCAGAAGGGCAUUUCAGUCAUAAAGUCUCAGGGAGGGAAGAUCCUAACUGGGGGAUCUGUAUUAGAGUCAGAAGGAAAUUUUGUACAACCAACAAUUGUUGAGAUUUCUCCAGAUGCUCCUGUAGUUAAAGAAGAAUUAUUUGGUCCAGUUCUCUAUGUUAUGAAAUUUAAGACUCUGGAAGAAGCAAUUGCCUUGAACAACUCUGUACCUCAAGGAUUGAGCAGUUCAAUCUUUACACAAACACCUGGAUCUAUAUUCAAAUGGAUCGGGGCACGGGGUAGUGAUUGCGGUAUAGUGAAUGUUAACAUACCAACAAAUGGAGCUGAGAUUGGAGGUGCCUUUGGUGGAGAAAAGGGAACUGGUGGUGGCCGCGAAGCAGGAAGUGACUCGUGGAAGCAAUACAUGCGGCGUUCUACAUGUACCAUCAAUUAUGGAAGUGAACUACCCUUAGCUCAGGGAAUCAACUUUGGUUAAUUCGCAAGCCGUCCAUGCACAUGGCAUGAGGAUGCUCAGAUGCAACUUUGAGCCAUGUUAGGAGGGCAUCUUUUCUUCAUACCUGAUAGCUUAAGACUUGCUGUUUCUAUAUUGCGCAAUUUCGUGGAGAGUUAGUUUUAUUUAAAAACAGUAUACUAAAAAUAAGCCCAUGAGUUGCGUGAAUAUUUUAUAAUAAGUGUUUUUUGCCUUUAAAUUAGGCUUUUCAAUGGAGAAAGAGUGGAAUGAUUUACCUCUUUUCUUAUCA